GGGAUAAGCGUGCUCAUUAGUGGUCAGUUAGGCCAGGAUACUGCAAGCAAGUGAAGAUCACCGUAGCUUGUAUUGUUUGGCAGGUGUAGUUUGCUAGCUGUAAGGCUAGCUUUAGACACUGCAGCACAUCAGUGGCUAUGGCUUUAGGAUUCUGCUUUGGGGUGUCUUUGCUCUUGUCUGUGUGGCCAGCUGCAGAAUGUGCUGAGAUUCCAGCUGGGGUGCUUGACCUGGAGUGUCGGGACCGGUACUUCCUGAUAGCCGCUGAUCUCUCAUUCACUGGGGAUGAACCUCGCUUCGAGGCUGUUGAUGGCACAGGUGUGUACCCCAUCACUAAUCUGUAUGCAGCAGAGUGUGGCUACAGCAUCAGUGUUCUCCCUCGACCGGGUCAUGUUGACCUCCGAGCCUCUUACUUCAGCUGUCAUGUCGACAACAAAGAUGACAAAGAAUUCACCUUCAGCUUCAACCUGAUUGCAACCCAUGAUGGAGGAGAGGAGGUCACCUAUACUCUGAACAAGACCUGUUCUCCCUCGCUCCCCUGGUCUUCCAGAGAGGUGACCUGUGAGGUCAACUACAUGGAGGUAUCUGUGAGGAGUGACAUGACCUGUCCAUCUGCGAGAAGGAAAGAGGACUGGAGUGCUGCCUUAACAACUGCCUACUCCUCAGCCACCUCUGACUGGCAGGUGAUGUUCCAGAGGGCAGGGCAGCAGCUGAGGCCCAUGAGCCUAUCAGAAGCUCGAGCGCAGAGCUAUGUGUUUGAUGUGACCGAUGGAAGGAUUGUAUUUCGAACACCUUAUGGACAGCCUGACUCGUUCAGCAGUAUGGUGGACGGCGUGCCAGCAGAAGUGAUCCAUCCAACCCUGUUCUCCAGACAAAGCUGGGUUGUCAUCAUGGUGGAUCUGGUGGCCGCUUGCUCCAUGUAUGAAGGGUCAUACGAUGGCAGCCACAUAGUAUGGAAGACUCCCCAGAUCCUGUACCCGCUGAUGUCUGGCCUCUCUGCUCUAGACAGUCAGGUCAGUCUGGGGGUUGGUGGCAAACUCCUGGAGCAGUCAAUUACAGAGGAGAGAGGCUACAUCAUGAAGAAGCAGGAGUCCACCGUUCAGAUCAGCAUCCCAUAUAAUGCCGAGGGAGGAUACAGGAAGAGCUUUUUGAUGGACAGCACUUACCAUGAGUUUUAUGUCUUCAAUCUCUACCUUGAGCAAAUCUUGGUGGAUGAGGAUUACAUCGAGACCAGACUGCGCUUUUUCAGACCGCUCGCUACACCCCUGUUGUCACACCCAGUUCACACCGAAAACAGAACUGUUGUUGAGGAAGGCGUAUUCACUGUCUACCUUGGAGAUUUCCCUGAGGAUGUGGAGUUGGUGGCUGUUAAGAUCAAUGGACAGGACUUCAUAAAUACAAACAGACACACAAUCUCUAAAGUCGCUCAAGCCAAUGACACCCAUGGCUACACUCUCAGGGUACCUUUUGAUGACCCGGUUGUUGAGACACAGCUCUUCAGAGAUGGAGUACUGCAACACAAAUUGGACAUCAACUACACACUGACCAUUCUGCCUGAACAGGAACCUUACUACCAGCAAGCAUCAAUUGUAGCACUGAUAAGAGAUGUCUUUCCUCCAGCUUUUGAUGCAGUCUGCACUGAGAAAGGCAUCAGCUUCAAGCUAGAUCACCGGCCUUUUGACUGUUUAUGGGAAAUCUGCAUCGGCUCAAACCCGCUGACACCUGAGCUGGCAGCCCAGCGGGGCUACUUCCUGCACAAUGAUAGCACGACCCUACUCCUGGAUGUGCCACUCUUUACGGAGGGGUACAUGUACAAGGACAUUGGCUUGAAGACAUUCUCCGGGACCUUCCAGAUUCAUGUCCGGGAUCCUAAAACCUUGGAGGUCCAGGGUUCCUCUGUUAAAACAUGUCCAUUCACAGCUACUGAACUUAUUGUGUGUUCGACUGACGGGAGGAUGACGGUUGUGGCUAAUGUGUCUAUGGCCAUUCCCAGUGGGGGGAUCCCUGCUAAAACCUCCCUCCUUGACAGAAACUGUGGACCCAAAGAGGCAGACAGCUCUAGGGCUAUGUUCUCUUUUGGCCUGAACACUUGUGGAACCAGAGUUAAGCUUGGCAAGGAUCAUGUGAUCUAUGAAAAUGAAAUUGUUUUCAAUCAGAAGUUCCUCACUGUGAAAAAGCCAGUUGUUGCCAGGAACGCCACUGAGAAGCUGAUACUGCAGUGUGUCUACCCUCUGGUUGGGCUCUAUCGCCUCUUCUCGGUGCACAGGUUUGAGUCCGACACACCUGGUGCAGGAAGCAUCACACGUUCCUCGCUGCUUGUGGAAAAGCCACAACAGCCAACUCGGCGUCCCACCAUCAAGCCCACUACGACACCACAAACUACAGUGUCCACCACCGAAAGACCAAUAUUGAUGCUUCCUGCCAUGCACCCCCCUGCUCACUACAUCAAAGUUUUUGGCUUUCUGAAGGACUUGACUGACAACCUGUCAAAGAAAAGGGGCUAAAGGAUCUUCACAAACUUAAAGAAUGCAAUGUUGAAAAGAAAUGUCAUAUUUUAAUGUAAUAAAUUUGGGUCUUAAUAAAUAUGUAUUUCUUAACA